AUGAUGGACAAUUCAAAGCAGGAUGUCGAGGGUAGUCCUGGUACUUCUUUCCAGGUUAUUGUUUUGGGAGCCGGCGGAGGACCUAUGGAAGAUAACUGUACUUCAUUUUUAGUACGAUCAAUGGCACAAGGAUGGAGUAAAGGCUCAAUUCUCGCUGUAGAUACCGGAGUUCAUCUAUCAGCCAUCGAUCGACUUCUCGAGCAAUACACUCAAAUACCACCCGAACGACCACACACACUUCAAGGAGGCCCCUUUGCAGGAUUGAUUCUCCCCAACAAAUCUAGCGAGGCAAACACCGCCCACAUAGCACGUAAUCUUAUCGGUGCUCAUCUCAUUACCCAUCCCCAUCUCGAUCAUAUUGCAGGUGGUAUCAUCAGCACCGCAAGUCCUAGUUCCAAAGCUAGAGUGAUUGCGGGAUUGGCAAGUACGAUUGAGGCGUUGAAGAAUCACAUUUUCAAUGAUGUCAUUUGGCCGAAUUUAUCGGAUGAGAAUGGUGGGGUGGGUUUGGUGACGUUUAGGAGGUUGGUCUCGGGGGGUUCGUCGGUUUUGGGGGUUGGGAAUACUAAAGGGUAUGUAGAGGUUGUGGAGGGACUAGGUGUGAAGUCUUGGGGGGUUAGUCAUGGGAUUUGUAUUGGGGAAUUUCCUUAUCGUUCAAACAGCGAAAUAGCCAGCACCCCCACCAUAAUAUCCAGCCUUCAUUCCGCCAGUACCCACGGCCCAAUCUCAAGUCCCGACGACGACGACCACCAACGCCGCAUCUGCACCAGCUCCGCAUUCUUCAUCCUUGACUUUGCCAGCGGGCAUGAAAUUCUCAUCUGGGGCGACGCAGAACCCGAUUCCAUCUCUCUCUAUCCACGCAACAAGCAAGUAUGGGCCGAUGCCGCACCCAAGAUUGUACGUGGGACCCUGAAGGCGAUUUUUAUCGAAUGUUCCUUUGACGAUAGUCGAGCCACUGAAAUGUUGUUCGGACAUUUCGCCCCACGCUUCUUGAUUGAAGAAUUAGAAGUGCUAGCCGCCGAAGUAGAAAGAUGUCGCGAUGAAUCUCAAUCUCCUCGUCGACAACGAGAUCGAGAUCGAGAGCGAGGUUCCCCCGGCUCGCCUACCGAUUUGGACUACUUCCGAAAAUCCAUUUCCAUCCGAAAAGAAAAAAGAGGGCUAGGCGUGCGUCCUCCACCGAUAAAUACCCCUUCCUAUGCCAUUCAUUCGCAAGGACACCGUAGGGCUUCGGGUGAUGGUAAUGUCUUUCAUGAGGAAAAUGCACUGGAAGGGGUCAAGAUUGUAAUCAUACAUGUGAAGGAGAAAAUGGAGGAUGGGGAGGAGCCGAGAGAGGUUAUUUUGAGGCAGUUGAAGGCGUUUGAGAAGGAUUCGAAAUUGGGGUGUGAGUUUGUGGUUAGUGAGAAGGGGAUGAAUGUUUAUUUGUAG